GGCUCUUGAGGAGCCUUUGGAGAGACAGAGAGAGGCGAAAUGGCGGCGGCGGGGGUCCAUCAGGGUCGGGUCUUGCUUCUGGCGGUGGUUUCCUCGCUUCUGGAGAGUGCCCUCGGUGGCUCUUCCCACUUCCUGCGCUAUUAUGCCACAUCUGUGUUAGAGCCUGGCCAGCAGGUGCCUCAUUUUACCUCUGUGGGAUAUGUCAAUGACCAGCAGAUCGUUUAUUAUGAUAUCAAAACAAGACGCCGUAGUCCUAGGAAUUCCUGGAUCAUGGAGUCAGUCAAGGAUGAUCCUCAAUACUGGGAGUGGACCACCCAAAGAGUGCGGGAUGCUGAGCAACGGUUCCGAGCGGUUCUGGUGGAUGUGCCCAAGUACUACAAUCAGACUGGAGGGUUUCACACCUGGCAGAAUAUGUUUGGCUGUGAGCUGAGGAAAGAUGGGAGCACAGGAGCAUUUGACCAGUAUGCCUAUGAUGGAAAAGACUACAUCAGCUUUGACAAGGACACCCUCACCUGGACAGCAAUUGAUCUGCCAGCCCUGAUCACAAAGAGGAAGUGGGACCCUAACACAGCAUUUAAACAGCGGGUGAAGGUCUACCUGGAGGAAAUCUGCACUUUGUGGCUGCAGAGAUACCUGGUGUAUGGGAAGGAGACACUGCUGAGGACAGAGCCACCAGAAGUGCAGAUGACACGCAAGAUAGAUUAUGACAAUAUGGAAACCUUGAUCUGUCGGGUUGGUGGCUUCUAUCCCAAGGAAAUUGAUACUUACUGGACAAAGGAUGGGGAGGUCUGGAUACAAGAUACCUACCAUGGACUUGUAUCCCCCAACUCAGAUGGGACAUAUUACACCUGGUUGAGCGUCAAGAUUGACCCCAAGGACAGAGAACGCUACAAAUGCCAUGUGGAGCAUGAUGGACUUCCAGAAGAUGUGGACUUGGCCUGGAAGGAGCCUGAUUUCAAUUUGGGACUCUUAAUUGCGUGUGGCAUAGGUGCUGUCCUCUUGGUGGCUGGGAUUCUUGUAAUUGCUGUGUAUAUCAAUCGACGUCAAGAUGGCUACAGAGCAGCCUCAGAACACAGACUUGAACAUAGGCCAGGAGAACACUAAGGGCUUGUUGUGAAUUCUGUAUGCCAGCAGCUUCAACCAACAUUUAAUUAUCAUGCUUCUCAGUCCUAGCUGUAGUCUAAUCUUAUUCCAUUGCGAAAAAGAUUUUGCACAUCCUGCAUUGUAUGCUGUGGUUAUGCACUCAUCUUUCCAAAAGGGAAAGAGAUUCCAUCUCAACAUUAGGAAGAACUUCCUGACAUAACAGCUGUUGGACAGAGGAAUAUGCAGCCUUGGAGGGUAGUGGAGUCUCUUUCUUUGGAGUUUUUUAAGCAGAGACUGGAUGGCCAUCUUUUGGAGGGUGUUUUGAUUGUGUCUGCUGCAUGGAAGGAGGUUGGACUGGAUGCUGCUUUUGGUCUCUUCCGAUUUUUGUGAUUCAAAAAUGUACAAUUCUUAUCUACAAACCCCUCAGGGUUCAUUGUCUACAAGAAUAUUGCAGCAAUAAUACUGUGUGCUGAAACUUGGAAAAGGACUGAAGCACCAACAAUAGAAGAAUGGAUUUUAAAGGUUGCAGAGUUAACCCAGUUGGCCAAAUUAACAUGGGUUCUAAAGGAUAUGACACAUUAUGGGCUAGAUAACGUGACUGUUAGAAGAGUUUGUAAUUGGUUGAGUGAUCAAACCCAAAAGGUUCUCACCAAUAGCUGCAUCUCUACCUGGAGAAAGUGGCUAGUGGGGUGCCAUAUAGUUCUGCUCUGAGCCUAGUAUAGUUGUCCCUUCCAAUUCACGGUCUUGCCAUUUACGCCUCUCGGUCUUUUGUGAACAAGCCAGGAGAGACAUAAUGGUGCGCGCAGCA